UUAGCUGGACAGCUCUUUCAGGCGCUAACAGGCACCAAAUAUAUGGCACUUUAAAACUGACAACAGUCUUUUCCUCUGAAUGGGCGACACGUGGAAAAGCUGCUUCUCUGCGAGAGACUGGCUCCUCUGCCAGAUACAUUGCAGUGUCACAUAGCCCUCUUUUUUCUCCCUCCAAACUGAUCCGUUUCUCCUCAGGGGCAAUGACUGCCUCCAUUAAUGAUUCACGGGCUCAAAUAAAAGGGAUUUAAGUUGACGUUGCGUCACGUGAGCAGGGCGCAUAAUACUGCGCGAUGUUAUGGCACGGGGAAGAAAACCGGAGCCCCGGUCUGGCCAUAUGAUGCUGAUUAUAUGCGGGUUACCCCCACUUUCCGUGAGGGGAGUCCGGGCUUUAUAGUUUGUUUAUCGAGGGGAGAAAAAGAAAGAGGCAGACUGAAAGAGUGAGGAUCCCGGUUUUUGUGGAUGUAUUAUACUCCUGUCACGGACGGAUAUGUUUUUCCACGCGGACAGAGUCAGCGCCGGAGCUUUGGGAGGAUGGAUUUUAUUUUGAGAAAUCCAGCCAAGUGAAUUUAGGCCAUCGCACGGUCUCCGAGACACCUUGAACUGCCUUCGGUUCACCCGAGGAGGCCAUUGGCGGAGAGGCGUCACGUGACCACGGGGUGCCAAUGUUAUUCUACAAGGGUGUCAAGACCCUGUCAGUUUCUGAAAUAAAUAUUGGGAAACGGCGAGAUGCAAAAGGCAACCUACUACGACAGCUCUGCAAUUUACAGUGGCUACCCAUAUCAAAGCGCAAAUGGCUUCAGUUAUGAUGCCAAUCAGGUCCAAUAUCCCCGGGCUUCUCAUGUGGAAAGUGAGUACCAUCGACCUGCCUGCUCCCUGCAGUCUCCUGACGGCUCCGUGGCUCUGCAGAAGCCGGGGGAGAUGGCGGAGAGCUGCGACAGGACCACAGCCAUUCAGGCAGCGCAGUCCAAGGUUCAUCCCGAAAGCAAUCAACCGCAGGUGCCGGUGUCAGGCCCACCCCCUCCCUCACAAUCCCCCGGUGCUAUCAGCCAAAACACAAGUAAUGGGUCCAGCCAGUCCAGUGCCAAGAACGGCUCCCCGUCCUCUACAGCUCGCAGCAAACAGAUCUUCCCCUGGAUGAAGGAAUCCCGUCAGAACACCAAGCAGAAACCCACCAGUAGCUCCAGCUCAGUGGAGAGUUGUCCCGGAGACAAGAGUCCUCCGGGGUCAGCAGCGUCGAAGAGGGCCCGGACAGCUUACACUAGCGCCCAGCUGGUGGAACUGGAGAAGGAGUUCCACUUUAACCGGUACCUCUGUCGACCCCGGAGGGUGGAAAUGGCCAAUUUGCUUAACCUCACCGAAAGACAGAUCAAAAUCUGGUUCCAGAACCGCAGGAUGAAAUACAAGAAGGACCAGAAAGGCGUAGGAAUGAUGCCUUCCCCUGGUGGACAGUCACCUCGGAGUCCUGUGGGCCCGGCUACCGGUGGUGGCGGUGGUGGAGGCGGAGGAUACCUCAACUCUAUGCAUUCUCUUGUAAACAGUGUACCUUAUGAAUCCCAGUCGCCGACGUCUUACAAUAAACCUCAUCAAAAUGCAUACGGUAUGGCUACGUCAUAUCCCCCUCCUCUGAACAGCUCCCUCAACAACUGCCCUCCCUCCCAGAAGAGGUAUCCCGGGACCGACUCGGCCACGCCCGAAUAUGACGCGCAUCCCCUCCAAGGCAAUGGCAACUACGGAACACACAUGCAGGGCAGCCCCGUUUAUGUUGGCGGAGGUUACAUCGACUCAAUGCCCAGUUCUGGGGCCUCCGUUUUCGGUCUGACCCACCUCCCGCACCCGCCGUCCGCAAAUAUGGACUAUAAUGGAGCAAUCACAAUGGGCAACAGUCAGCAUCAUGGAGUGUGUGAUCCGACACCGACAUACACAGACCUAACGCCGCACUACUCUCAGGGAAGAAUCCAGGAAGCGCCCAAACUGACGCAUCUGUAGCGAUGGCGCUACUCGGAUCACUCCGCCCAUUGUCUUAUCCACCUCCAGACACAUUACUGCUUUGUUUCUGCGCCUCCUCACGGCUUCCACCUUUCCUCAGCCUUUGUUUAUGUUUCCAUAGUUUGAUGUGUGAAGUAGCGUAGGAUAAAUAAUCACGACUUGCUUGAAUUUUUCUCUAUUUGCUCGUGUCAUUGUCUCACAAAGACCUUUAUCUGGGCUAUAGGACAUCUAGAGCGGGAGGGAGGGAGGGAGGGAAAGGGGGGGGGGGGGGGGGGGCACAGUAUAUGCAUAGGCUUAUUUAAUCUUUUUUUUUUUUUUUAUCUUGUUUUAAAAUCGAAACUCAAACAGGGUAUUAUGAACAUAUGUUAUUCAUUUUAAUGUGAAUUUGUCCGUAUUUUUUUUUUAUUUAUCCGCUGUUGAAGAAUUGUGUUUUGCAUUUUGUUGCACUUGUAAAAGGAUCCUCAAGAGCCACGAGAUGGGAUUAUGAGGGAAAUACAUUUUCAGAACAAGGGUCAUGAGCUUCCACGCAGCCUCCCUUGCUUGUGUUCUUCUAUUGGACGUUCUAAUGUUAUUUAUUUUGUUCGGUGUAAAAAAAAAAAAGUCCGUUAGUAUUAUUUGACACCCCUGUGAUCUGUGUAUGAGGAGAAGGUUGGUGGAUUUUUGCGUCUCGGCCCUUUCCACACCAUACAUGUAGUCCACAGAAGCUCAGCAGCAGCACCACCACACUAUGUUGCUACUAAGCUAUGUUUCCGUUUUUCUUCUUCUUCGAGGAGGUGUUUUAUUUUCUCAGCGAAUGUAAAAUCAAUCAGUCAUGCAAUAAGGGUGGAAAGAAGGACACACGUUAGCAGUUUCUUUAUUGAAGAAAAAAGAAACAGACAUCAUUAAUUUCUUUUUCGAUGUCAUACAUUCCAUGCUGCUCCAGUUCGAAGAAAUAAAUAAAAUAUUUGAAAUAUAAUCGCAGCAUAUUGUUACGUUUUAAUUUAGACACAUUUCAAGGGUAUCAUCACAAAAUUAAAUACAUACAUUACGUCAAAAGCGUGAAAAUAAUUUCUAAAUUUGAAAUAAAAUGCCAGAAAAUAUUGUCAUAUAUUUCAUAAUGGACAAUAAAUAAUAUCGAUGUAAAAAAAAAAAAAAAAAAAAAAAAAGA